GCGGGGCCGGGCGGCGGGGGCGCGCGGAAGGCGCGCGGGCGGGCGGCUCACCUGGCGGUAGUGCAGCGUGAGCGGCCGCAGGACUGUGCCUUGGUUAUGGUUAUGCCCCUUGAAGGCAUCUUCCUCUGGCCGUGCAAGGCCUUGGCUGGGGCAGCCAGGAGCGACCCCACCGGAGCUCACACAGCACGUGGCUGACAUGUGCCCAAACAGCCCGGGAGGAGGAGGCCCCAGAGCCGUCCCCUGAGCUGUCCCCACACACAGCAGGUCAGCCUCGCUCACCCUCACGGUCACAGUGUGGCUCUCGGGGCCCCGGCGUUGCCUCCAGACCCAGGGGCAUCAGGGAAGGGUGUGGUUUUGCAACUGGGAGGAAACCCUUGCCCAGAAGGUGCCAUUGGGAAGACCAGGGACCGUGUCCUGGAAGGUGUGGGCCAGGGCGCGCGCUGCCUUCCCCGAGUGAGCCCAGACUACGGAUGGUGAGGAGGAGCUGAGAUGGCCUGGAGGGGGUCGGCCCCCCGCCCCCCGCCCCGCAGCCUGGAGAGCUCAGCGGUGGUCGGCCUCCCGUGUGCGCACGCACGCGCCCUCAUGCUCUCCCAGGGGGUGUGGCUCAGGGGCCCUGCUCCGGCCCUGCUGGGUGUGGGGCGCCUUCGUGACACUGACAAGCGCAGCUGCCUGCAUCUCUUCCCACACCGAACCCUCUGGUUUCGUCAUUGUGUGUCUUCCCUCCUUUCGUGACGGCUCGCUUUCCCCGUCCACGUGGCUGGGCCGCGGGCACCCAGGGGUUCAGUGGAACGGACUCCAGUGUUUCCGGAUGAGACGGGUGCUGGAGUCUGUGAACCGCGUGGAGCAGACGCCGGCCCGGUGUGGGUGGGCCUCGUCCGAUCAGUUGGGGUGCACACAGGACCUCGGGCAGAGAGAGAAUCCGCUCCCCGUGCUGUCCCGCUGGGACGCGGGUCUGCUCCGCCUGGGAGAUCCGAGUGGAGCCCACGGCGGGCUCUGCUGGGUCCGCGGCUCACUGCCCGCCGGCUGUGGCCUCGCAGCCUGCACGGGGUGACCCGUCCCUCAGAGCGACUCCCAUCCCCGCAUGUGUGUGUCUGUCUGCUUCUCCGGAGAACACAGGUCAUCGUGCCUGGGCGUCGUCUGAUGGGUCUUGUGCGGUGACCACCCUGCGCCGGUGCCCCUUCUCCUGGACCUGGGGGCCUCCUCUUCCGUCCCAGCGUCACUGACCCAUGCCUUUGUCUUCCCUGGUCCUUGUCCUCAUUUUGCUGGCCUUCCUCCUUCAAGAGCAGUCUCAUGAAAGCUGACUGCUUGGGACCCUCCCCUGAUUGCUCUCUGGCCAGGUGGUCCACCCUGGCUUGGCCACGGGGCUACCCGUUCCUUCUGGCGUCACGGUAACGGCUGGACCCGUCCCUGACCCUUUGUGGGGGCCUCUGUCCCUCUGGCUGUGUCUGGGUCCUGAAAUGCCAUCAUGUCCCAUCUUGGCUGGGUUUCUGUACCCUCAGCCAGUGACCCUUCCAGUCCGUAGACAUGUCUGUGUGUCCCUGUGUCUAGUAUCUCCCCCUUCCCCUUCUGGUGUCUCCAAGGUGGUCCACAUGCCCCGUCCUGUUCCCUUUAACGCAGGGCCAUGGGAGCCCCAUGUGCAUCAGGGCAGGUGUGUCCUUCAUGGGGGGCACAGUACAGCUGUCCGGCCAGCUUCCGGGGGCGUAGAUUUUGGUAUCGGGGACACCGCGGACCUCUGGCCCGAGCUGCACCAUCGGAGCCUGCCUGUGGCUCUCCGCUCAGGUUAACCCCAGAGCUGCCGAGGGCCGGGCCACCCCGGCUUCCUCUCCUGCCUCUGCGACUCCGGGGCCGACAGCCCCCGCUGUCCCCACGGUGCUUGGACGCGCGUCCGCGUACCGGACCGGACGGAUCCCUCUCUUCGCUGUUUCUCCCUCACCCUUCAACAGUGACCUCUCAACCAUUAACCGCCCUGCUCCGCACACAAGUCAGAGCGACCGUGGUGAAAGCACCGGCAGGGCUUUGGACGGGAGCGGGCCGGGUCUGCGUGCGGCUCCCCGGGAGGACCUCGGCCGCGGAGGCCCACACUCCCAUCCGCCCGCCUCCGGGUCUCCUCCAGAGGAACCGCGUGCGCGCCUCUCUGCGGGCAGGCGCGCCACAUGCUGUGUCGUCGCCCCUGCCGCCGUGGGCGCCCCCCGACUCGGCACCCCAGGAGCGGCAUGGGGAAGCGACCGCCGCUUUCCGGAUGGUCCUGUGUGCCGUGUGCUGUGUCUGCAGAAGAGCAGAAAAGAUCAGUUUGAAGAGAAAACAGGGGCCGGUUAAGAAAGCACGUUUUGGGCAGCCUGGUUGCUGCUGGGGGACUGCCCCCCGGGGAGCCUCUCUGGACACGGGACUGUUCCCCACCUUCCGCGGCUGGUGUGUGUCCCCAAGCUACACCCUCUUCUGUUUUGACCAAGCGCUCGCUGAUGGCCCCGGGACAAGGGAGGGUGUGGGGCCUCAGGGCCCGGGUCUGGCCUCAGCCUCCUGGAAAGGUCAGGAGCCGUGGGCGCCACCCGUGGGCCCGGACACGGGUGAUCUAGGGACACCAGGCCCCUACCGUCAGGGCAUCAGGCAGGACCCGGAGGAUGCGCUGCCCUGUGCUUCUGCUUCUGCCCCUUGGGGUCCUCUCACCGUCCGUAUAGGUCAGCGGGACGGCUGGGCUGCGCCUGGAACCCCAUCAGAGCCGCUUUCUGCAGCGCGGGGUGGGGGCAUGGCUCUGCCGCCUGCCUGCCUGCCCCGUGGCCACUUCCACUUCUGAAGGUGUCCUGAGGCCUCUUUGGGGACCCAAAACAUGUUGAUUUGGAGAACGCCGUGUGUACUAGAAAACAGUGUGCCUCUCUCCACCGCAUCAUCCAAACUGCUCACGUCUUUGCUGCUGGAUGCCGGGGCCGUCUGUGUGCAGGGACGAGCCGGAGCGGGUCUCGGGGCGUCUGUGGCUUCCUGCGUUCUGAAGCUGUGUUUGUGGUUGCGCACAGGUCACGGGUUUCUGAUCUGCUGGUCAUCUCCCGAGUACUGGCAUUCCCUGUCCCUCGCGAUGCUAUUACUUUAAAAUGGCUAAAACGGGCAGCCGGGUAUUGGGUAUGUUUUGCCGCAAUGAGAAAAUACAGUAAGACACGAACCAGAGACCGUGCACCUCCCAGCGGGA